CAAACAAUUAUAUCGAUGCGCAGUUUUGGAAUCAAUAGAGUAACCGUAACCACCCGCCACCUAUAUGUGGAAUUCAAUGGUACACCAGCAAAGCGUACACAAAUAUGAAUCAUAAACUAGCCCUGGUGCGAAUAUAUGAUUCUAACACUUCCAGUGUUAAUGCCGUGGCCUUCUCGCCCUGUGGGCAGUAUAUAGCGGCAGCAAGGCAACCCUUUGGCGUGGAAAUUUACAACGUCGAAACCAGAGUGCACAUUACAUCGCUACACGAAGCGGAUGAAAACGCCGCUAUAAGAUCUAUAAUAUGGAUACCCAAACAGAGCAGUGCUAUCGGCAGAACCUUGAGUGGUUACCGUAUAGUGACCAUCGGCCUGCACGCUGUCAUCACAGAUUGGGAUCUUGAACUGCUUCUCCCGGUGAGGUCAUGCUGCUCAUACGGUGGAGCUAUAUUCGCGUCAGCACUAACUCAGUGCGCAAGCAAAGUACUCAUAGCCUGUGACGAUGGCAGAGUACGCUUGUUCAGGCUAUGGAGCUCCACAGACAAAGAUACACGAGAGCCGGAGUUAGAGUUCGAUAGGGUAUAUAACUGCCAUACCAAGAGUAUACUCAGUGUAUGCGUCCUGCCGAAUAAUACGUUCUUUUGCGGGACUGCUGACGCCAUUAUAUUCAAGGUGGAGGACAACCCAGAUACACCAGCCAUUAAAAUUAAGGUACCAGGUCCGAAAAAGCAAAGUGGAAAUGUCGCUAAAAAGAGGAAACAUAACGCAAAGAGCGAUAUAGAAGAUGAAUUGAAUGGUGACACACUAGAUAUCACCGAAUCGCAACCUGCAAACACAACCGAUGAUAACGAGCCGCAGGUAUGGGCACUGGUAUACAUCGCAAAACACGAUUUAAUCGCAAGUGGAGAUUCUGUUGGAAAUGUUAUACUCUGGGAUGUGAAAACAUGCACUAUGCAUAAAUUGUUCACGCAACACUGUGCUGAUGUGCUGUGUCUAGCUGUAGGUGCAGAUGGAGAUACGCUAUUCUCUGGUGGCGUGGAUACGCAAAUCACAGUAUAUGCCUACAGUGAGCGGGGAUAUACCAAACAAAACGUAACACAGGGAUGGAGAGCUAAUGGCGUCAAAUACUACCAUAAGGGUGACGUCCGGUGCUUUGCAAUGCAUCCAAAUGACGAUAGAAUAGUAAGCAGCGGGAGUGAUGGCAUCCUGACGAUAUCCCGGGGGAUGAAGCACCAAAAUAGCAAAAGGUUUAAAUCUAACCUUAUACUGCUGAAUAUACCCAGCUGGGUUGGAAGCCCAGUAGUAAUGAACAAGGAUAAAACACUGGCAUUGUGCAGAUACAGGGAUCACUGCGACCUGUGGUACAUUUCCAAGGAACUUCAGGAUGAACCUGAAAUGCCAUACAAACUAGCAGCUAUCAAAAUGAAAAAGGAUGGUGGGCAAAUAGUAGCUGCACAAAUAACACCGGAUAACCGAUACAUUGCUGUGGCCAACCAAAAGCAUUUAAGGGUACUGAGAUUCAUUGCGGAAAACCUUGAGCUAGGCGCUGGCAAGACCUACCUGGAGGGCGCAACUAUCAAAGCAAUGCACGUGUUACCGAAUAAUAAGCUCUUGUUGGCAUACCUAACAACAGGGUCAACGAAAUCCCAACUCUCGAUUCUUGACCUUGACAAUGGCACUGUGGAACCUAUAGAGCAUAAAGUCAAAGAUCCGAUCAUUAAAAUAGAUGUGGCGAGGUACAACCUCGACAAGGUACUAACAAGGCCUAUAGUCAUACUAUAUAGCCUAGAGGGAUAUGUAUACAUGCUCAACAUGGAGACACGUGAAAUGCACGAACUGCCGAAAUUUGAAAAUGGAUACAGAGUUGUGGCAACCAGCGCAAGCCCGGAUUAUAAGUACCUAGCCGUCUUUUCAAAGGGCUCGUUAUUUUACUUCUAUAGCAUCGAGCUGAACUCGAUAGUAACGUACGAUGGAGAGACCAUACACAGAGUUCCAAACAGAAUCUGUAACAGCAAUGUGCAGAUAUUCAACGCACUGUGGUACAAUGAAAAGGAAGUCAAUAGAAUAUUCAUACAGACGUCAAAUAACCUUUACGCUAUUAAGAUAGAGGAGGAGCUGUUCGGUGUGGAGGAUAAAGCUGCUUUCGAUAAGCCGCAAAAUAAACCACAAGUAGUAGUGAAUAUGAAGCAAAAGAUAUAUAUAGGGCCCAGAAAAUUCAGUGAUGCUCCCAAAGCCAAGAUCUCACUCUUCCAACCACCGGCACUGUUCAGGUACUCAAUGGAGCACCUUAAACACAUAAAACAAGCGGAACAACAGGAAGAUACAACACGGCCACCAGUGGCUAUAGGACGAUACACAGGUAUCACAAAAUCGAAGUUCCUGGUACACCUGGAACUAGAAAGUAAAGAUGACGGAGUCAUGCUGAUGGCAUUUUAUAUGGCACCGCCACAAAAUAGUAUAUUCCACAGAAAAAGAUAUGGAACAUAAUUAUAAUAAUUUGUCCAAAUGCCGAUCUAC